AUUUCUAGCUUGAUUCAUCCUCUUUCUCCGCCAUAUCAUCUUCUCCUUUUUAUUUCACCUGAAAUUCUUCGGAUUCAUCAUCUAACUGUCACUUCCCUCUUGUUGAUCAGCUUCCAAGAUUCUUGGUUUCCACGUACGUGUCAGAGGAGUUUCAGUAUUGUACAUAUAUAGAUCAUUAUAUUCUUUUAGGAAAACAAGUAUCAGAAUUGGGGUUUAGGUAGGUAGCAGUCGAGAAUAAUCAUCGACGGUUUGGAUCCCAUCGGAUGGCGAUGUUCCGUCGCUUAUUUUACAAAAAGCCACCCGAUCACCUUCUCGAGAUCUCGGAGCGUGUUUAUGUUUUUGACUGCUGUUUCUCGAGCGAUGUCAUGGGAGAGGAUGAGUACAAACUGUACUUGGGCGGCAUCGUGGCGCAGCUACUUAAACAUUUCCCAAAUGCAUCUUUCAUGGUGUUUAACUUUAAAGAAGGAGAACAGCCUAGUCAAAUAUCAGAAGUCUUGUCUCAGUACAACAUGACGGUUAUGGAAUAUCCUCGGCAGUACGAGAGUUGCCCUCUCUUACCUCUCGAAAUGAUCCAUCACUUUUUGAGAUCGAGCGAGAGCUGGUUAUCUUUGGAAGGUCAACAGAAUUUUCUGUUGAUGCAUUGCGAAAGAGGUGGUUGGCCUAUUCUUGCGUUUAUGUUAGCAGGGCUACUACUAUACAGAAAGCAGUAUCAGGGGGAGAUGAAGACUCUCGAGAUGGUGCACAGACAGGCUCCCAAGGAGCUUCUUCAGAUAUUGUCUCCUCUAAACCCUCAGCCGUCGCAGCUCAGAUAUCUUCAGUACAUUUCUAGAGUUGAUUGGCCUCCUUCAGACACGCCUCUUCUUUUGGAUUGCUUGAUUCUCAGUGAUCUUCCACAUUUUGAUGGAAGAAAAGGUUGCAGACCAGUUUUAAGGGUUUAUGGUCAGGACCCUAAUGCUGGACCCAACAGGAGCUCCAUGCUUCUCUUUUCCGCACCAAAGACAAAUACACACACUCGCCUCUACCAACAGGAAGAGUGUAUCCUGGUGAAAUUAGAUAUUCAGUGCCGUGUUCAAGGGGAUGUUGUUCUGGAAUGUAUACACUUGCAUGAUGAUUUGGUGCGUGAGGAGAUGGUCUUUAGAAUCAUGUUCCACACAGCAUUUGUACGCAGUGAUGCUUUAGUGGUCCGACGCGAUGAGAUGGAUGUACUUUGGGAGGCUAAGGACCAGUUCCCAAAGGAAUUUAAGGCAGAGGUACUAUUUUCUGGUGCUGAUGCUGUGGUGCCUACUAUCGCAACAGCUCCAAUGUCAGAAGAUGAGAAGGAAGAUAUCACUUCACCUGAAAAAUUUUAUGAGGUGGAGGAGACUUUUAGCCAUGUGAUUGAUGACCAUAAGAUUGACUCAGAUAGUUUUGGGGUUGUUGAUACUGCUUCAGAUGAUUCUGAGGGUAAAGAGGUGUGGAAGGGAGACGUGGAACCCCAUGCGUUUCUAGAUUGUGCAUCUGAUGGUUCAAAUCAUAAACAUGAUGUGCAUGGAGAGGCUAGCACAGAUCCAGUCAAAGAUAUCACUGUUGAUGAUGUACAGUAUAGGCCAGAUGGGAAGGCAGAUACCAAUAUUGACUCAGUGAAGGAUAUAGAAAUAGACGAUGGUGAUGAGCAGCGAGAGAGAAGGACCUUGGAAGCAAAGGAAAAUGAUGUAGAAGGCAGUGAUUCCCCGAAUGAUAUAGAGCCUACAACUCAGGAAACAAAUACCAAAAUCAACAACCCCAUUUCAGAGAAAACACAAGACGGAGCAGCUGCAUCACCUCCUCCACCGAGCCAGAAUGACAGCUUCUUUCAAACACCUCAGAUUCCACCAUCUCCUCCGUUUGCAUUUGAGAGACCAAACAGUGGGAUCAUGUUGCCUCCACCACCUCCUUUUGCAUCUGAGAAACCAAAUAGUGGAAUUAUGUUGCCACCACCGCCUCCUCCUCCUACUCCCCCACCUCCGUUUGCAUCUUCCAGGAGAAAAAGUGAAACCAUGUUGCCUCCUCCACCACCACCUCCACCACCGUGGAAGUCUGUGGAUACUUCGAGUUUUGAAACUCAUGAGACAUGCUCUACAUCUUACGGUUCUCCACCGCUGCCUCCACCACCUCCUCCUUUUAGUAAAGCACAUUCAGUGCCUCCACCUCCCCCACCGCCUCCUUUUAGUAAAGCACAUUCAGUGCCUCCACCUCCACCGCCGCAUCCACCUCCUCCUCUUACUAAAGCACAUUCAAUCAUUCCUCCUCCAAGUUAUGGAUCGCCACCUCCUCCAAGUUAUGGACCUCCAGUUCCUCCCCCACCGCCUCCUUUUAGUAAAACUUCCCCUCCACCACCACCACCACCUCCAUUUAGUUCUGGUGGACCUCCCCCUCCACCAAUGAGUGCUCCACCUCCACCACCUCCUCCGAUGCGUGGAGGACCAGCUCCCCCGAUGCGUGGAGGAGCCCCUCCUCCGCCUCCUGGACCAAGACCUCCAGGUGUUGGACCUCCUCCACCCCCUGGACCAAGACCUCUUGGUGGUGGAAGAGGGCGUGGUCUUUUACGUCCAGGUGUGGGGCCGUCAAUUCAAAAAAAGUCUUCUCUAAAGCCCUUAUAUUGGGUUAAAUUAGCAAGGGCCUUGCAGGGAAGCUUAUGGUACGAGUUCGAGAGACGUGGAGUAGGGAAAAUUGCACAAGAAUUUGAUGUAUCAGAAAUAGAGACGCUUUUCCCUGCUACAGUGCCAAAACCGGCUGAUAAAUCUGGAGGUCGAAGAAAACCGAUAGAGGCAAAACCUGAAAAAAUUCAACUGAUUGACCUUAGGAGAGCCAAUAACACGGAAAUUAUGCUUACGAAAGUAAAGAUGCCACUGCCUGAUAUGAUGGCUGCAGUUCUGGCAAUGGAUGAUACUGUAUUAGAUAUCGAUCAGAUAGAGAAUCUUGUAAAGUUUUGUCCAACCAAUGAAGAGAUGGAACUUCUUAAGAACUACACUGGUGACAAGGAAAUGUUGGGAAAGUGUGAGCAGUACUUCCUAGAGCUAAUGAAGGUGCCACGAGUAGAAUCAAAGAUGAGAGUUUUUUCCUUCAAGAUUCAGUUCAGCACUCAGAUUACAGAAUUCAAGAAAAGUUUAAAUGUGGUAAUUUCUGCGUGUGUGGAGGUUAGAUGCUUGCAAGAGUUUAGAUUUUUUUCUGUAGUCCAUAUGCAUUUCUCUUUCUUAGAGGUUUUCUCCUCAUUGCUUGUUAAUCAGAUCCGCACUUCAGAAAAGCUAAAAGAAAUUAUACAAAGGAUUCUUUACCUGGGGAACAUAAUGAACCAGGGAACUGCAAGGGGCGCUGCAGUAGCAUUCAAGUUGGACAGUUUGUUAAAAUUAAACGAUACACGUGCUGUUAACAGCAAUACCACUCUCAUGCAUUAUCUCUGCAAGGUCAUUGCUACUAAGGCGUCAGAUCUACUGGACUUCCAUAAGGAUCUUGAAAGUCUUGAAACAGCUUCAAAGAUACAAUUGAAGUCGCUAGCUGAGGAAAUGCAAGCUAUAUCCAAAGGGCUGGAAAUACUGAAGCAGGAGCUCACUGCAUCCGAAAGUGAUGUUCCUCUUUCUGAAGUUUUCCGUAAAACAUUGAAAGAGUUCAUUUCAUUUGCUGAGGAUGAAGUGGAGACUGUAAAGAGUCUUUACUCUGACGUGGGAAAGAAUGCUGAUUUACUUUCUUGCUAUUUUGGGGAGAAUCCCAAAAACUGUACAUUUGAACAAGUUACUGCAACACUCUUGAAUUUUAUAAGGUUGUUCAAGAAAGCACAUGAAGAGAAUGUCAAGCAAGUGGAGUUGGAGAAGAAGAAAGCCGCAAAGGAAGCGGGAAUGGUAAAGGCCAAAGGAGUCAGUCUCAGAAAAAAAGCAGUUGAUGAUAGCUGACACAAAAACAUAAAUCGUAUUUCUCAAAUCGAACCAGUAUGGUUUUGUAUGCCAGUGGGGGAGGUGCAGUGCGGUUCAAGUAACCUAUCCGCAGAGUGGCACAGAGCGGUUAAAACAGGACCAGAGUCUACUGGGAGCGAGUUUCUCCUGGGUGGGCUAUCGAGGAACCAUUGGAGUAUGAGAGGCAGGUCUUUCCUCCACUCACGUUACAUGACUAACUCCACAUUGAUUAAUUCUAUCUAACUUGUGAAUAAGAAUUAUUUCCUGUUUAUUUAUAUAUUCUUGUCCUGAUUAGAGGAAUGUGUUGAUAGAUUCUAAGUGUUGUAUAGGUUUCAGGUUGAGUAAAAGAGAGAUGUAGAGUCUACUGAGUGUGUAACUAUGUAUCAUACCAACAAUAUCAAUGUUCUUUUCAUUA